CAAAUUAUGAUCUCAUUGUCGAGGAUUUUGUGUGGCGGUGUUUGUCAGAGUUACUUUUGUGUUUUUUAACAAACAAUUGGUUCAAAAUGAGGGAGAUUGUGCAUUUACAGGCUGGGCAGUGCGGUAACCAAAUUGGUGCCAAGUUCUGGGAAGUCAUUAGUGAUGAGCAUGGAAUUGAUCCUACAGGCAGUUACCAUGGCGACAGUGACCUUCAGCUGGACAGAAUUAAUGUAUAUUACAAUGAAGCCUCGGGUGGAAAAUACGUUCCACGUGCUGUGCUGGUGGAUUUGGAGCCUGGCACAAUGGACUCCGUGAGGUCUGGUCCAUUUGGUCAGAUCUUCAGACCAGACAACUUUGUAUUUGGCCAGAGUGGUGCUGGAAACAAUUGGGCUAAGGGCCACUACACCGAAGGAGCUGAGCUGGUGGACUCAGUUUUGGAUGUGGUUCGCAAAGAGGCAGAGAGCUGUGACUGUCUGCAGGGCUUCCAGCUCACCCACUCCCUGGGUGGUGGCACCGGGUCUGGCAUGGGCACCCUCCUCAUCAGCAAAAUUCGCGAGGAGUACCCGGACCGUAUCAUGAACACUUUUAGCGUGGUGCCCUCUCCCAAAGUCUCGGACACAGUGGUGGAGCCCUACAACGCCACACUCUCUGUCCACCAGCUGGUGGAGAACACCGAUGAGACGUACUGCAUCGAUAACGAAGCUCUGUACGACAUCUGCUUCCGCACACUCAAACUCACAACGCCCACUUACGGUGACCUCAACCACCUAGUCUCCGCUACCAUGAGUGGUGUCACAACCUGCUUGAGGUUCCCCGGCCAGUUGAACGCUGAUCUUCGUAAAUUAGCGGUCAACAUGGUACCGUUCCCCCGUCUGCAUUUCUUCAUGCCUGGCUUUGCUCCACUGACCAGCCGAGGCAGCCAGCAGUACCGCGCACUCACUGUCCCCGAGCUUACCCAGCAGAUGUUCGAUGCCAAGAACAUGAUGGCUGCCUGCGACCCACGUCACGGCCGCUAUCUGACUGUCGCCGCUGUAUUCCGUGGCCGCAUGUCCAUGAAGGAGGUGGAUGAACAGAUGCUCAAUGUUCAGAACAAGAACAGCAGCUACUUCGUCGAGUGGAUCCCUAACAAUGUCAAGACUGCUGUCUGUGACAUUCCACCCCGUGGCCUCAAGAUGGCCGCCACCUUCAUCGGCAACAGCACGGCCAUCCAGGAGCUGUUUAAGCGAAUUUCGGAGCAGUUCACAGCCAUGUUCAGGCGCAAGGCUUUCCUGCAUUGGUACACUGGAGAGGGCAUGGAUGAGAUGGAGUUCACCGAGGCGGAGAGCAACAUGAACGACCUGGUGUCUGAGUACCAGCAGUACCAGGAUGCCACCGCUGAGGAGGAAGGAGAGUUUGAGGAGGAGGGAGAAGAGGAGCUUGCUUAAGUUAACCAUUUUCUGUCUUUUAGUGUUUUUCUUUUUCAAAACUUUCCUUUUUGUCACUUAUUGUUCUUGCUGCAUUUCCUGUCACUUACAAACUUCAGUUGUACUGUUUAAAAAAAAAAAAAAAAAAAGUAAA